AUGGCGCUCCUGGCAUCCCCAAUCCAAAAACACCCACAACGGCCAAGUGAGCCUUGGUAUCACAUUCUGUGUGCAGCCCAACACUCAUCCAAAGCUGCUGAGUGGUCGGGGCUGUUGCGCCGGAGUUCGGCCAUGGAAAGCGAGAGCGAACGGAUCGAGAAACCGCCAGAGAAGCUCUUGAAGUCUGCAAUGGGCGACAAGGCAGCGGCGGUGAAGGGAGGAGGUCCAGCUGACAGCAUCCAUCCCACAGCAGCUGAUCCGCCGAUCGAGGGAAACACAUAUGCGCUGCUUGUGGCUUUCGUGGGAGAAGGCUACAGGGUACUCACGCGUAGCUCUGGCGCCUUCCUCCUGAGUUCCAAUUUCUGCGACGGUCAGAGGCUUAGUGUGUUGCCUACUGCAGGGCUGGCAGUACAAUCCUAA